GGGCCGCCGGCAGAGGACGCGAUUGCCGCGGCAGGGGAGGGGAGGAGGAAGACUGCCGCGCGCGCUCGCGCGGGCCGCCGGCAGAGGGUGGCGGUGGAGGGCUUCUGCGCGAGCCGGUGCGGACACCACGGGUCGUACGGCGGCGGCGGCGCAGGGUCGUCGACCCGCGCGGCGUACGCGUGGGUGGGGAACCCCGCGGACCAGUGCCCCGGGCAGUGCGCGUGGCCGUUCCACCAGCCGGCGUACGGGCCCCAGGCGCCGCCGCUGGUGCCGCCGUGCGGGGACGCCGGCAUGGACGGCGCGGUGAUCAGCGUGGCCGGCGUGGUCGCCGGCGCGGUGACCAACCCGUUCGGGGACGGGUUCUACCAGGGCGACCGCGCCGCGCCGCUGGAGGCCGCCACGGCGUGCGCGGGCGUCUACGGCAGCGGCGCCUACCCCGGGUACGCGGGGCGGCUUCUGGUGGACGCGGCGACUGGCGCCAGCUACAACGCUCACGGUGCGCGCGGGAGGAAGUACCUGCUCCCGGCGCUGUACGACCCCGGCACGGGUGAGUGCGCCACCUUGGUGUGAGAGGAGCGCCCGUGUCUGUGUCUUGGGCCUCUUGGCAGCAGGCAUCCGUGCGUCUCCAUGGAUGGUACGGGGAUGGUGUGAUUGUAUGGCAGGGGCAGUGUGUGUGUGUGUGUGUGUAUACUAGUUUGUGACGGUCCAAGUGAUGCCGUGUUGUUAUUAAGUAUACUUGGAGUCCAAAAACCAACAGGAUGGUGAACUGUAUAAAAUGUGAAGUGCUCGUGUAUCAUCGUCACGCUAUUUUUUGAACUGUAAACAUGCUCCUGGGAGGGGAAGCAAACGAGUUUAUUUAGCAAACGAAAUUGCUUGGGAUUAGA